UGUAUUUGCUGAUAUUGAGAUUGUCUGUUAGCCAUGUCUGUUUUCCUUUGCUUGGUCGUGAAAGGUGCACACGUGCUCUUGUGCUUCAAGCGCAGCUACCAGCUUUGCAGAUUGGUUUGCUAUUGUUCUCGAUCUGACGGUACUGGCGGGGCUGUCCAACGAAUCGACGGUUUCUACGGAAUUUGUCACGUCGCUUCUCUUCCCGGCUGCAGCUCGGGAGGACCUUAUCGCCCUCCUUCGCCGCCCCCUAGCGCCAUGCACUCGCCGGCGCCGCUCCCGCCCACCAACUCGCCGUCCCCGGCUUCCCGCCCCAGCCGUGCGCCUGUCGUCCCGGCUGCCCAACGCGGCACUGGCCGCCACCGCCAGCGCCGGAAGCCGUCUUCCUCCCCGUCCACCCCCGAGGCCGAGCAGCCGGACGCACUCGCCCACAUCCUCCGGACUGAGGCCGCCGUCUCGGGCAUUUCCCGCAAGGCCGCGGCCGUGCGGCAGCAGUCCACCCGCCUCUGGCCCCGCGCCGUCCUCGAGGCCCUCGACUCCGCCGUCGCCGCCUCCCGCUGGGAGUCCGCCCUCGAGAUCUUCGAGCUGCUGCGGAAGCAGCACUGGUACGAGCCGAGGUCGCAGACCUACGCGCGGCUGCUAAUGAUGCUCGGCAGGUGCCGGCAGCCGGGCCCGGCCACCGCCCUCUUCAAGGCGAUGCUCUCGGAGAAGCUCCGGCCGACGGUGGACGUGUACACCGCGCUCGUCGGCGCGUACGGCUACAGCGGCUUGCUGGAGGAGGCGCUGGCCACCAUCGACCAGAUGAAAGGCGCCGCCGAUUGCAGGCCGGAUGGGUACACCUUCUCCGUCCUCAUCGAUUGCUGCGCUAAGUCGCGCCGCUUCGAUCUGAUUCCUGCUGUUCUUGAUGAGAUGUCAUACCUGGGGCUCGAAUGCAAUUCUGUUAUUCACAAUGCGAUAAUUAAUGGGUACGGUAAAGCUGGCAUGCUUGAGGAGAUGGAGAGUGCACUUUCCAAGAUGCUUGAGUGCGGGAACAAUGUGCCAGACAUUUACACGAUGAACUCUAUCAUCUGGGCAUACGGGAACUAUGGAAGGACAGAUGAAAUGGAGAAGUGGUACAGUGAGUUUGAGCUGAUGGGUGUUGAGCCAGAUACCAAGACGUUUAACAUCAUGAUCAAGUCUUAUGGCAAGGCCGGCAUGUAUGACAAGAUGAUGUCGAUAUUCAAAUAUAUGAAGAAAAGGUUCUUCUCACUGACGGCGGUUACCUUCAACAUAGUAAUAGAAUGUUUUGGACGAGCUGGCAACAUUGAAAAGAUGGAGUACUAUUUCCGGCUUAUGAAAAUUCAGGGUGUGAAACCUAGCCCCAUCACUUACUGCUCGCUAGUUAAUGGGUACAGCAAAGGUGGGCUUCUUGAUAAGAUUCCAGGAAUUAUUCGCCAGACUGAAAACACUGAUGUUGUCUUAGAUACUCCGUUCUUCAACUGUGUGAUAAGCGCAUAUGCAAAAUCUGGAGAUAUCAAAAUUAUGGAAGAAAUGCUACAACUUAUGAAGGACAAGAAAUGUAAGCCUGACAAGGUAACUUAUGCCACCGUGAUUCAGGCAUACACCGCACAAGGGAUGGAUGAAGCUGCUAUGUUGUUAGAGAUGGAGGCUGAAGGAUUCGAUAAGAAGUUGCUGGGACCAGUUUCUGAUAUUCAUGGCAAAUAAUAACCUACAAUUGUUCCUUUGUGGGUUAGUCCUAAUCCAAGAUUGGAUAAAGAUGAUGUGAAGCAAGAGGUGCUUUUGGGAAUAUAGCUUGAAAUCGAUAACAAGGUCUGACCAAAAGGGGUGCUGCCAAUUGGAUGCAGACGUCAAGGAAACCUGAAGGUCCAGAACUCUUUCUACAUCCUGGUCAGACAACUAGUUCUUCAUGCGGAUAAUCCAUCUAUUUGGGGCUCAUUCUCGGAAUUUGAUGUGCACACAAUCAGACUGCAGAUAUGCCACCAUGCUGAUAGCCCGAUCCUUCUCAACAUAUUGCUGUCUUGUAAGUUGUAACAGCUUCCAAGUGGGACUGAGGGUAGCUGGGGAUCCUGAGAAUGGGAAACAGCAUGAAUGACACUGUCAGCUCAUGAAUAAAUCGUGGGGAGGACCGUGCACAGGUCACAGGAGUUGUAUUGCCGACUUCGUCGAAGUGUAAGCAAUUUGCUAGCCUUCGCGUGCGGGGUUAACCAUCAUCAGUACGUCAAGGAUCUCAGUUUGGAGAGCAACCGUGGCUGUCCAUUGUCACUGAACAUCUUAGUGCUCAUUAGCCGGUAAAACCCUGUAAAAUGUAAUAAUAUUCAUGCAAUGUUGCCUGCUUUCAGGCUAUAAAUCGAUGCAUUUCUUGAUCAGUAAUGUAUUCAGAUUUGGUUU